GACAAAAUGUCAACAAACAUGGCGGCGCUCUGCUGCUAAAAAUGUUCUCAGUUCCGACGCAAAAGGGCCAUCUAGGCCGAAACUCCGCGGUUGAGCCCCGCUGAAGCCGGGGACUCGAUGGCCGACGACAUCAUCUUGCUCAUUCCACGGGUCGACGACGCUGACGACGAGGAAGAGCCGCCGUCCGCGUCAGCGAUGGACGUGACAUACGACACCUCGCUGCCUGCGCAGCAUACGUAUCUCGGCGACGACAUGGAAGACCUGACAGGUAGGACGGUCUUCGAGGACGACACCGUGCACACCAUCCCCGUGCUCACGUCCCACGACGUGAUCCUAGUGCCGGGCCAGAUCCUGCCGCUGCAGAUCUUCCGGCCCCUGGAAAUCUCUAUGAUGCACCGCAUCAUCGAGAACGAUCGCACGUUCGGCAUCGUCGGUGAGAGCGCCCUGACGGCGUCGCCCAAGCCGCUCGGCACCACGGCCGAGAUACGGUCGUACAAAGAGGAAGUGGACGAGUUGUCGGGCAUCGCGACGCUCGUCGUCAAGGCUGAGGGACGCCAACGGUUCAGGAUCCUCACGUCGCGGACUCGUAGCGACGGCAUCCUGCUGGCGGGCAUCAAGAUCCUGCCGGACAAGCCGGCCCCGGACGUGGGAGAAGUGGCACGGCUCCCGAGCCUCGACAAGCUAAGGCUGCCGUCGCGGCUCCGUCGCGAGGGACCCUACUGCCGCGGCAACGACCCGUACGGCUUCGCGCACCUCACGCGCUGGCCGCCGUGGGUCUACCGACAAUACGACUCCAACGCCCUAGUCCGCAAGAUCGAGGCCGAACUCAGCGAGUGGACGGACAACUUCGCGACGCUAAGCCUACCGCGCGACCCGGGUCGCUUCUCGUACUGGGUCGCCGGCAGCCUGUUGCUCGACGACCAGGUGCGGCUCGAAAUGUUGUCGUACGACAGUCCUGUGCAGCGGCUCCGCUCGGAGCUCGCCAUCCUCCGGGAGUGCGGGGUGCUUACGUGCAAAGAGUGCGGCUCCAAGAUGGCCGACCGGGGCGACGUCUUCAGCAUGUCCCAGCAGGGUCCGCAGGGUGCAUACGUGAACCCGCAUGGCUACGUGCACGAGAUGAUCACGGUGCGCAAGGCGACGGGCGUCUACCUCAACGGCCGCCCAAGCUCGCAGUACAGCUGGUUCCCGGGCUACGCCUGGACGAUCCUCCAGUGCAGGGGGUGUCACGGACACGUCGGAUGGAAGUUCUCCUCCGUGCAGCGCAACCUGGUGCCUAGGAAGUUCUGGGGGUUGUGCAGGGCGGCCAUCAAGCCGGCACUGCGGAGCGGCGAGGCUGAGAGGCCCUAGGUGGGGCU